AGGAAGUUAGCUAAACCGACGACAUCUUUCAUUGCUGACAAAGAAAGAAGAUGGACACACUUGAAGUAAAAGCAACAUGCUCUGCUUGUUUGGUGUCUGUCUGAAGUCCUACAUGACAAGUUCAUCUCGAGAUUAUGCUGAAGCGAAUACUUUUACUGUAUCGCUGCAUCGCUGAACACAGGAAAUGGGAAGCACACACAGCAAUGAAAGGAACGGAGAAGGUGGAGGAAGUGAUUCCAGCCGGCAGAUGAUCACACAGAUGAGAGUGAUCUACUUCUGGACGAGAUGUUGUUGCUCAAAGGAACUUACAUCACCCUCGCUGGUUGUCCUAAAUCCCAAACAUUCAGUGUCAUGGAAACAUCUGCAAACUGCCUGACAGCUUUGGACAAAUGGAGCUGGAGUUUGCGGUGCAGAUGACAUGUGAGAGCUGCGCGGAUAAAGUCAGAGCUGCUCUGGAGGAUAAACCAGGAGUGAAGUCUGUCAGUAUUGACGUCGGUAAGGAGGAGGUGUUGGUGGAAUCUGCUCUGACCAGCGCAGAGGUGCAGGCUCUGAUAGAGAGCACUGGACGCAGGGCCGUGCUGAAAGGCAUCGGAGGAUCAGAGCAAGAUCUGGGUUCAGCAGUGGCCAUGAUGGGCGGAGUGGGAAAGAUCCAGGGGGUGGUGCGUUUCCUGCAGCUGUCUGAAGGCCGCUGCUUGAUUGAUGGGACCAUAGAUGGGUUGGAGCCUGGAAAGCACGGCCUCCAUGUCCACACACUGGGCAACCUGACGCUGGACUGCCUCAGUUGUGGCGAGCACUUUAACCCCUUCGGAAGACAACAUGGUGGACCAGGGGACUCUGAAAGGCACGUAGGUGAUCUGGGGAAUAUUGUUGCCGGACCAGACGGCAGAGCCUCAUUUCGACUAGAGGACAGUCAGCUAAAGGUAUGGGAUGUGAUUGGCAGAUCGCUGGUGGUGGAUUCGGGGGAGGACGACCUGGGUCGAGGCGGUCACCCUCUCUCCAAACAGACUGGAAACUCUGGGGAAAGACUAGCAUGUGGGAUCAUCGCCCGAUCUGCGGGUCUUUUCCAGAACCCCAAACAGAUUUGUGCCUGCGACGGGGUGACGCUCUGGGAGGAGAGGGACAGGCCGAUAGCGGGGAAAGGUCGGAGCAAGGCCAGCACAGAGACACCGACAGCAAACCUCUGAACCUUUGUCACAAACACUGACCGCAUCUGUCACCUGCGUCGGAGGGUUCAAAACAGAAAAAACACCUUGAAGAGAAACGCACUGGCGUUUGUUGACGGAGGGUGAAGCGAGGAAGACAAAGCACUGAGGAAGAUGAUUCCAGACAGCUGGAGAGACGACCAAAGAAGAGUGGCCUUAUUUUCUCGAAAUACUCCUGUGUGAUUAAAAUCAAAUUCUCUUACAGCCACAGUUGGCUUCCUCUGAGGAUCUUAAAAGCACUAAAGCAGAUUAAAAUGGCCUGGGAGUUUGUAAAGGUCACUGCCGAUUAGCUAGAUGUCCGUUAAUGCUGUUAUAUGUAUGUACGUGUAACCGCCUCUGACAAGACCGUCUCAUCGCUGUCUCAAUGGAUGUUCUUUAAGAUUUGAAGUUUCCAUUUUGGCCGUACACUGGCUGGCAUAAAUAAGCUUCAAAUUGCUAUCAAGGCAUCUAGAUGAAUUGCACAAGCCUCGUUAAACAGUAGUAGUGAAAACAUCCUGCUACUCUGAAAAUAGAGAUAAUGAUUUAAUUAAAAAAAACAACAACUUAAAAAUAGAUCCUAUAUUUUCCAGUUUUUGAGGAAAAUCAAUGAACACACAGGAUUUACACAUGCUGGAUGUGUUUCUUUUAGGGCUGGGCAAGACAUCGAUGAUAUAUUAUGAUAUGAGACUAUAAUUCAUUUUAGAUUUUGGAUGUGGAUAUAUUGUAAGAAAGCAUUAGUGUGUCUCUUCCUGGUUUUAAAGACUGCAUUAUAGUAAAGUCAUGUACAUUUCGGAACUUACUAAACUGUUCUAGGUGUUGUAAUGCAUUCCUUUACCCACUUAUUCACUAUAUCACCACCACUGAUGGAAAAAAAAUAUUGAGAUAUAUAUCGUAUCUCACGAUAAAGCCUAAGACAUUGCAGUAUUAUUUCAAGGCAAUAUUUCCCAGCCUUAGUCUCAGCUUCAAUCAGUUGUAAAUCAAAGUGUUUCGAUGUCAAAAAGAGUUAAAAAGGCAGCAGAAAAGUCAAAAUGGAGAGCUAAAAGCAACAGAUAAAUGGCUUCCAGGAAGAAUUUCAUUACUUAACACACACUGUACUUGUUCAUGACUAAAUAGUCUGGGAUCACUGGACUAAGGUUGUCAAAUGAAUUUAGAGUUUUUUUCCACACCAUGUGUUGAAAAUAUCUAGUAUCUGCAGUCAGAAGUGUUGAAAGACUAAAAAAAACUAUAUAAAGAAAUUACCUUCACUAAGGUCCAGCAGUCCCUUUUUGUACUCACCCGAGGAUACCAGGAACCUAAAUACAUAAUACAUCCCUUUAUCCAAAUCUGCACCAAAAUAUAAUCUGGUCUAUUUUGGGCAGAGACUCAUCCUCCCUCCAAACUUUGUUGAAAUCCUGUCAGUAGUUUUUGUGUAAUCCUGCUGACAAACCAACCAACAGUUACCUCCUAGGAGGAGGUAACUGUUGGCUUCAGUCAGACUGAACAAAACCUGCAUCAGCUUGUUCAUUUGAAAUCCAUAAGGUGGUGUGAGUGACUUGGGUAAGAGAGAUUCGAAGGAGCCUGGGAGGGAGAGUCAAAUUCCAUCCAGAAUUAAAGGGCAACAGGGGGUAAAUGUUAGAGGGUGGGGGGUGUCUUGGAGGAUUGUGUGCUCAGCUGUUUUUCAACAUGGAGUUUAAGUGUACAGUUCCUUUACGGUUGCUGCAACUGACUUUAAAGCCAUAUAAUGCAGGAAACUGACAGUUCUGUGCCUGUUUUUUCUGCUUCACAUCCUCUGUUGUCUUCUGUAGAUACAGAACAUGAUGACUGAAGUCUUGUAUAAUGAUGUACAACACUUACACCUGCUGACACUUGUUUAUUUCUCUUAAUGUAUAAUUUAAUUAUUGAUGGGGAAAUGAUCAGUAUUGGGAUAUUGUUUACAAUAUUUGAGUGUGUAGCAAGUGUUGCUUUGAUAAUCAAAACUGAGCAUCUGUUUUGUUCCUGUGAAGCCUGAGUAAGAUUAUUGAAAUUGCCACCAAGUGUUCA